AUGUUCUGGAUAUUCAUCACUCUGAUCAGUUUUCUAAGAGCAGAAGUAGAUUUUGGAAGAGAGGCUGAGAAAGUAUUAUAUGAGUUUCAAAAGUCUAUCCAUGAAAAAAAUCAAUUGUUGUUUAUUAAAACAUUAAGCUCAACAUUUGAAAUUGAACAAUGCGAUUUGUCAAAAAAAAACAAUUUGAAGCGAGCUGAUAUUUUCAACGAACUAAUACGAUACAAUAUUGAUUCGAUUCCAAUAAGCAAAAUCGAUUUUCGUCGAGAAUCUGUUGUUUUUGAAGAAGGAAUCCUCAAAAUAACAGCGAAGUUAGAGCAAGGUGGAGCAAUAUUUCAUGCGAGAAACGAAUCGCAUCAUUUUGUUUUGAUCAAAGAAAGACAAUACGAUUGUAAUGGAAUUAUCGCCGGAACAAUGGUUAUUGAUUCAAAAAAGUUGACAGACGAUCUAGCGAGACAUUUGUUGAGCGGAUAUGUUGAUUCUAUUCGAUCUAAAGAUAGUGAAAGCUUAUAUAAAAUAAUUCAAAAGUCUUCUUAUAAACUAUUUUGGUGCAAUUAUGAAGAUGGAACAUAUCAUAACUCUCAAGUUGAGGUAGAUGAACUUGAGAAUUUUCCUGACGAACUUAUUUCUGCUGAUAUAGAAAAACGAAUUGAUGUUAAAGUUAAAUCAAAAAUUCUUGAGGAUAAAACAAUAGUGAUUGAUGUUGAAUCCGAAUGCAAUAAAAUCAAUUCAACUUUUGAAGCAAAAUAUUCUUCCGUUGAAAAGGGCUAUCAAUUUGUGAAGGAGACAAACCACAGAUGUUUCACAAAACCACCCGGAUUGCAAUAUGAAAACUUUCAAAAUGCCAGUCUUUGA